CGAAAAGAUGGCUACCUCUUCCAAUCGCGACGAUUUCUUCCAAACCACAGCCUCGCUGGUGGAACAGAAGCGCAAAGACGCUAAGUCCCAAAAUGGAAAUGGAAACCCAAUCAGGCUUCAGAGCAAGAUCCUCGCCAUCAAGGCAGACCCUCUGAAUGCAGGCUCGGUGUAUGUCGCUCAGAGCGGAGGCACAGUGAGGAGAAUUGUUCUCGAAACAGGUGAAACAGCUGCCAUUUUCAAAGGACCAACUGCUCCUUUGACAAGCCUCUGCUUUAGUCCAGAUGGCAAGCUACUAUUUGCGGGAUGCUGGGACAAGACGAUCUGGAGCUGGGACGUGGCUUCCUUGAAGCCUGGGCGAAGAUACGAGGGCCACACCGACUUCGUGAGGUCGGUUGUCACUGCCAGGGUGCAUGGUCAAGAUCUUCUUAUAUCCGGCGGCUCGGACGCGAAGAUUGUAGUCUUUAACAUUGCCAGUGGCCGGCGACUUCAGGUGCUAAGGGGUCACUCAAGAGGAGUCCAGGACCUCGCUAUUGACCCCCUGUCUCUUACUCCUGAUGGGUCAAAACUGAAGAUAUUCAGUGCUGGAAGUGACCGGGAAAUUCGUCUCUUUGACGUAUCCCCCGAUGCUGGCGAUGUUGAUAGCACAGAUACGGAACCCCUCCUCGUCCAUGAAACGAGUGUCUACAAGCUAUUUUUCGACGCUGACGCCGAUUUGUGGACGGCUUCCGCUGACAAAACCGCCAAGUGUCUUGUGAGAGACGAUGCUUGGAAACCAAACCUGGUAUUACAGCACCCGGACUUUGUCAGAGACGUUGUUGUUCAAGAACAAGGAGGGUGGGUAGUUACUGCCUGCAGGGACGAGGAAGUUCGCGUGUGGAAGAGAUCUACUGGAGAACUCUACCACACAUUUACUGGUCACUUUGAAGAGGUUACGGGACUCGUAUUGAUUGGUUGGACGGUCGUGAGUGUUGGAAUCGAUGCAACCAUCCGCCAAUGGUCACUCUUGCCAGAUGAACUUCUGCAAGCGGUAAAUCGGGCCAAGAGUGAGAAGGUCGAGGAGGAUGAAGAGAAGCCUAACCCUGAAACAAUACUCACCGAGGAAGAAGAACGGGAACUCGCAGAACUCAUGGCUGAGGACUGACCUGGGGGACUUUCUUCUUGAAUUAUAAGCAUGUUGCGACACCCAUUAGGGAAAAAGAAACAUAAAUAAUGAAGCCGCCCUGUACAGUGUACAGUUAACCACCUAGCA